AUGCGUACUCAUCCCAUCGUUUGUUCUCCGCAGGCCCCGAAGAAGGAGAAGGCCCCGCCGCUGUCUUCCAAGCCCACCAAGUCCGACGGUGGCAAGCAGAAGAAGAAGAAGUGGAGCAAGGGAAAGCAAAAGGAGAAGGUGAACAAUGCGGUGCUGUUCGACCAGGCCACCUACGACAAGCUGCUCACUGAGGUCCCCAAGUACAAGCAGAUCACCCCGUCCGUCCUAUCCGAGCGCCUCAGGAUCAAUGGGUCUCUGGCUCGCAGGGCUAUCAAGGACCUGAUGGAGAGGGGACUCGUCAGGAUGGUAUCAAUCCAUUCCAGCCAGCAGAUCUUCACCAGGGCGACAAACACUUGAUCACUUAUGUGUCCAGUCGCUGUUUUCUAGUCUAGUAGACUAAUGUUGCUGUUAUAUUGAAGCUUAUUUAUCUUCAGCGAAGCACUUUGUCGGUGUUGUGUCAUGCACUCAUGCAAGUAAUGUUGAAUGCUUAGAUUUUGGUACAAUUUUAAGAUGAUGUUUUCAGUGCA